UAUACAUGUACAUAUUUUAACAUUUCCAUUUUGUGCGCAGAUUUCAUCAUACACUUGCUAGUGCUUAGUAGUUGAUUUAUGUCGUAAAAUAAAGUGUAAGGAAAUUUAACUAUUACAAUUGCACAGCAUAUUUUAGGAUGAACGGGUUUAUGGUGAGGAAAAGGUGGAACGUCACAGAGAUUUCCACGAAGUCAACUAUUUCUUGCGUGUGAACAUACAACUAGAUAUGGCAGGUCUAGCAGAUGUAUUCUCCGAGCAAGAAAGAACGAACUGGCUGAAAAGCUGCCUUGCAGUGAACAUAGCCAAAUAUGCGCUUGAAAAUAUCGUGGACAGAGAGGUCAAAAUCGUGCAAAGUCGCAUCGUUCAAACUGUCCAAUCACAAUUGAAUCUUCCCGACACUGCAGUAUGUACGAGUUGUUGCACAGCCAAUUUGAUAAUAUGCCCAACACGUGGUAUUUGCAAGACAAUGGGCCAACUUGGAUGCAUAAACAUGCACGAUUCUCCACUUAAACAGUUUCGACCAUGUCGCAUAAAAAUGUGUGAUAAAAUACGUGAUGAAAUAAUUAAAGAACAUCGGUAUGGUCAGCCAUCCUGGAGGAAUACGUCUGCUGAACAUUGGACAACUAACCAUUGGCAUAUAGCUAAAUGCUUUCUACCACCAGAUGGUUAUACGGCAGUGGACUCUGCGCCGGAGACAGAUUUCAACGGAGUAUUAAGUGUUAUGCUGAAUUGCAAGCACUUUGACAACCUUGUGUCUUUUGCCAUAUCACAGCAUCGUUCUACCUGUCUUUUUUCAAAGGCACGUGAUAUUGGUAGAGCGGUUCGACACAAUUCUAAUUGCAAGAUAAAAGACAACGACCUUCAGGACACCUUCACGACACUAAUCGAUCUACUCAGUGAUUCGACAUGUCUCGCCCAAGACAGAUAUGCACAGGAGGCAAUCACAAAAUUACAACAGCUGCGAAUCGACAAAUUAAAGAUCACUGAAGCGGAGAUGAGCCAGUUACUUAAAAAUGCACAUGAAACAUUAGAUGAAAUAAAGGACGUUGCCGAAAAUUAUAUGAAAGAGAUGAAACACUUAACACAACAGUUUUUUCAAAGCUUACGAGAGCAGAAAAGAGAAAAUGGAGAAGAACACGCAAUUCAAGAUUUUUCCAAGCGUUUGAAAAAAUUCUACAAUGAAAACCUGCGUAAUGUUCCGUUGACACCUUUGUUUCCAAGCAGUGACGUAUCAAUAGACAAAUUUUAUACUACGCCAUAUAUAUCUCAAAUUCCAAAAAACGACGAAAAUAACUUAAAUAAUACUGGACCCGUUCAAAAUUACAGCCACAUUUUGAACACAAAUGGAAAAAGAAACAGAAACGUAUUUUUGCAAGGUGAAGCUGGCAUGGGGAAAUCAACAUUCGCUGCAAAGAUAGUACUUGACUGGUGUAGUGAAGGACCAAACAAAGAUGACGACUUGUUUGGCGAUUUAGACUCUCUUAAAGUGUUCAUGUUCGUUUUUAUCAUCACUUUAAAAGAAGCCGGUGGUGAGUGUGAAAUUACAAAAAUGAUCAAGGAACAAAUUAUUGACAUGAUAUAUGCUGAUAUAGAACGUGAGGACGCAUAUAUACUUCUGAAUAAAAUCAUGCAAUCUCAAAUAUGUCUCGUCAUCCAAGACGGCUUGGACGAGUGGAUGGAUAAAGCGGAUAAAUUGGCUCUACCACGGCUGGUGUUGAAUCACAGCGACUGCUCAGUGUUAAUUACAACACGACAUUGGAAGAUGACUGACGAACGUAUUAAGGAGUCAAAAAUCGACUGUGUCUCGGAACUUAAAGGUGUGCUGUAUCCAUACAAGCUGAGCAAAAUGGUCUUGAGUUGCCUUUUUCCACAUAGGAAUGUUGAAGAUGAAAACGAACGGUUUCGUGAUGAUAUUGAAGAAAAGGAAAUUGGGGAUUUAUUGUUGUCUCCCAUGUUGAUUUCGUUGAUUGUGUGCUGCUGGGCUGAUGGGAUGUUGACAAAAUCAUUAUGUAAGCUAUACAGCACCUUGCUUGACAGCCUUUUUAAAAAAGCAAGCAACGGUGGUGAUUGUAUACGUCCAUCACAAUUAAGAUGUUUCAGAAAAAGAAAAUACGUGCAGCAAAACAUUGAAUACUUGGAGGUUCUGUCUAGAACAGCUUUCAAAAUGAUGUUUACUUCUAAACCGGAUCGUUCAUUACUUAUUGACGACACACAUUUGCUAGAGUACAUGUCGGCCGCACAAAAGUUAUUUUGUCUUAAAUCCGGAGUACUCACAGAAAAGAAAUGUCAUAACAAGACUUAUCAAAGGUCCUUCUGUACAUUUAUUCACAAAAGUGUGCAAGAAUUUCUGUCUGCGUUUUAUUUAGCGAACAAUCGUGACGAAAUUCGCGUUGUUGAAAAAUACAUAUCUGAACAUUCAAAUGAUAUAACUACAAUACAUCAGGUUUUUGUAUUUCUUUGCGGAAUGAACAUUAGCGCAGCAAAUGAACUGUCGCCAUUACUUGACGAAAUCAGUGGACACUCAAAAGAAAAGUUGCUUGAUCAAAUAUCGAAUACGCAGCGUGUUCUAAUCCGAGGUUUAAUGGAAGCCGAAGCUAACAAAUAUACUCACAAUGAGAUAAAUCUGAAACUUAGUCGGUUUGUUAUUUCUUCUGCUUUGGAUGUUCCAGUGAAAGCAUUCACUUUCGUAUUAGCAGUGAACUUGUCAAACGUGAAAGAAUUGCACUUGUUUGAGAACCAAACACCUUUCUUACCACAAAUAUUACAAGCUCCGUAUGACAAAACCAUGCAUUGCAAUUUGUUAAAUUUGUCCCCGUGUCCAAAUUUAGAAACAAUAGCAAUUUACGAAGAAAUAAUGCUAUUACCAAAUAGCUUAUGCAGUCUUAAGGAACUAAGAUCGCUAACGCUUCAAGGCAAGUGUGAUGACUUAGACUUGUCUUCCUGCCUCAAACUUGAGCAAAUAGACAUUGACGGAGAAAACACUUUUGUCCAGAAAUGCUUCCACGGUCUUGUGAAUCUGAAGUAUCUUAAACUUAGGGGCAAGUGUAAAGAGUUAGACUUGUCUUCCUGCAGCAAUCUUGAGCAAAUAGACAUUGACGGAGAAAACACUUUUGUUCAGAAAUGCUUUCACGGUCUUGUGAAUCUCAAGUAUCUUAACCUUAGUGGCAAGUGUGAUGGAUUAGGCUUGUCAUCAUGUCACAAUCUGGAGCAAGUAUGCAUUGACGGAGAAAUCACUUUAUUACCAAAUGGCCUACAUGCGCUUGAAAAGCUGAAGCAUGUCAAUCUGAGGUGCAAAUGUAUAAGUUUAGACCUAUCAUUUUGCACAAAUAUGGAACAUUUAAUCAUUGAUAGUAAAUUAUGUGUAUUGAGGAAUGCCUUGUGCGGGCUUUUUAAUCUGAAGUACCUAAAACUGUGGUGUAAGUGUGAUGACUUAGACGUGUCUUUCUGCAGCAAACUUGAGCAAAUAGACAUUGACGGAGAAAACACUUUUGUUCAGAAAUGCUUAGACGGUCUUGUGAAUCUCAAGCAUCUAACACUGAUGGGCAAGAGUGAUGAAUUAGAUUUAUCAUCAUGUCACCAUCUGCAGCAAGUACGUGAGCUAAUAUUGCAGAAGCUGAAGACGGUUGAGAAGCGGUUCAAACGUAAAACAAAAUUACGUCUUUUUCGCAAAAGUGGCCGCAAAACACCAUUAAUUAUCGAUUUUGCACAUAAACGUUAUCUUAGAUCUAUAAAUUUACAGUACACCUGUCUGGUAUUAAACCUAUCAUUUUGUCUGAACCUAGAAACAAUAAACAUAUGUGGAGACAUCUCAAUGGUAGGCUCUUGUAAUCUCAGCCUUGUGAAUCUUAAGACGCUUACGUUACGUUGCAAGUGUGAACAAUUAGACCUGUCUUUAUGUUUGAAUUUAGAGACAGUAUGCAUUGAGGGAGACAUAACUCUCAACGGCAUGUACGGACUUAAAUCACUGAAAUUUCUUACACUUCUAUGCAGUUUAAAAGAAAUAGACUUGUCAACCAGUGCUAAAUUAGAAAGAAUAAACAUUUGUUAUUCACAAAAUCGGAUUGGAUUAGUUCAACACAGUUAUCGUGAACAUGUACACAUAUCAAUAUUUAUUCCGUUGUGUAUAGAUAUAAAAUCAAUAAAAACUAAUGGAGCUAUAACCAAAGAACGUGAUCGCAAAGCAUGGUGGAUUAAUUGGAUAGGCGAAUUGGCUGAUGAUUUAACAUUGGGCGAAUUGGAUGAUGCCUUUACAUUGGACGAAUUGGAUGAUGCCUUUACAUUGGACUAUGUAUUGAAGCAAAAUUAAAAAAAAACUGAACAGAGCCAAAGCAUACCAAUCUGGACUGUAGAUAGACAUUUCAAACAGUGUAAAAAGUAUAUAUCAUGAUUCCUAGCGCUUUAGUCUGUAUAAUUCAUUAUUUAUCAUUAGUAAAGCUAUUUCUGUCCUUUUCAAACCAAAAUAUUAAAAAAAAACACAUCCGCUAAAGUCAAUAGAAUACAUACAAUAGUUAUUCGGUGAAAUUUUGUGAAACGUGUUCGAAUUGUUUGUCUUUGUUACUCUCAAGGAUGUUAAAAAUCCUAAUUGUAUAUAUGUGUAAUUCAUAAUUAUACAUAUGGAUUUUAUCUAUCACAAUCGGCAUGCAAGACCCAGUGCAUCUAAGCCACCAGUUGUGUAGUAUAAACGUACUUUUAAUGGAAUACGAUUGUUUACAAUACCAGUGCACAUAUACAUGUACUCUUAUGUAUGUAAAAGUAUUACAAAAUUAUGACUUUAUUCAUUGUUAUGUAAAACCGACUGAUCACGUGUUUUGUAAAUAUAAAGAAGGCUGUUUUAAGUGUGUGUCCUAUUAAUGUUAGUUUUACCAACUCCUUUCUUGUCAUCGUCACUAUAAAUGUAUUUGUUGACUUGACUCAAGAUAGUCGAAUGGCCCGGAGUGUGGACGAGUUAUUUGUGACACCAAAUUAACUUUAGAAUAAUGAACGCAUUAUUGUGUUUGACGCCAUACAUUCAUAGAUAAAAUCCAUAAUUGUAAAUUCGCAUUGUAUCAUUCGAAAUGUCAAGCGCUACAUGACCUUUGUUGCAAAUUGUUCUUCAAACUGGCUCCUUCAAUUGUUGCUUGGAUUACCCUUUUCACGCUUCAUAUUCAAAACAAUCAGAACUGCUUUAUAUUUGUGUUUCUAUUACAAUUAAAAUAUCUGACUGACUGCUAUCAUGAAUUUAUAUGUGUCCUUCUAAUAACUUCAUGAAAGUGUGUUAGUUUUACAUGAAACGUCUCAAACUUCAAAUUCUGAAGGAAAAGCAAUCAUAGUGUACAAAGAAUUUGUAUCCAAUUAGUAUGUUAUGAUGUGGACGGGAUUGCAAAGUAAAUACAGGUACAUGUAGAUACAAACUUUACACGAUAAUGUAGCAUGCAUUCGUUAAGGUGAUGACCAAAUUGUAUAUUUUUUAUUAUCGCAAUGAAUGUAUCACACUUUUGUAAAUUGGAGUGAUUUAUUUACAUAUUUAAUAUACAUCGAUUUUGCUGGACAAUGAAACAAUUUUCAUAAAUCAGUCUGCAAUCGACAUUAUUGUCUUUGUGUUCGAAUAAGUAUUAUACUUAGAUACUUAGCAUACAAUAUUACUUAUAUUAUAAAUUUCUUGAUAUUACGUGACGUUUACGUUGUAUAGACCGUCGUUUUAUUUGAUAUUGAUCAGUGGUGCAAUUAAAUAUGAUAUAAAAAAGAUGUGUUUAGUACAAUUGCGCAUAACACAAUUUUACAAACUUUUACUUAAAGGGACCUGUUCACUUUUUGCUAAUUGACAAAAAUAAAAAUAAUUGUUUUAGAUUUGCAAAUUUUCGAUGUAGUUAUGUUUUUUGCAUGGAAACAAUAGUACUGAAUAUUUACUAUACUCUAAAAUAAACAUUAUAUGCAUCUUUUGACGAUUUGAAAACCGGAAUAUUAUAAAGCGUCACAAACGCGAAACGAUUGAAUUAUUUGGAAAUUCGGUUUUUAUUGUUAUAUUUUGUGACAUUUCGAGGUUUACGUUAACGUUUACAAUGCAUCAUGUACUAUAAUAGCGCGGAUGGCCGAGUGGUUUUAUUGCUAAAUUUUUACUCCUAAGGUCAGCCCAGGUGUGAAUUACAUUGUCCUGUCUUUAAUUUAAUUUUUGUUUUAUACUAGACCUCUUUAGUUCCGAUGUUUUAAUUUAUCAAUUUAAAGAAUUUAAUGGCAAACUUCAAAACAUGCCAAAAUCUGUGAACAAGUCCCUUUGAAUGCUAUUUAAAUAGAAUUGUAGUUGACUAUCUAAGACUUUAUAUUUUGUCGCUUAAAUACAUUUCUUUAAUGAACAUGUAUUACUGCAUCUUAAAAUAAAACUGUCUAAAAAAUGCGAUCACUGGCAAUGCUUGGGCAUUUUUGGGUUUCAAAUAAAAAAACCAGCCAGAGCACUUUUGCAAUCUUGCUGAAUUUCGCGAAACAAACUUUGUUUCAUUACUUGAAUUCAAUUUAAUGCAUGUUAAUAAAGUGAUGUUGUUUGCGAUAUUAAGGUAAACAAAAACAAAGCAUAUUAUGUUCAUAUAUUGAACUGUUGACACCAGUUCUAUAAAUGUGUAAGUCUUUGAAUAAAUUCAUUAAAAAUGA